GUAGCGGCUGUGCAGCUUGUCCGGUGUGCGGUUCAUCAUGGAGUUCGAUCUGCGAGAGUAUUUCCGAGCGGCCUUUGAGGACAAGUUGCUGGUGUGAGGGCAUUAUCACUGCGAUCAUUUCACCCUUUGUAGUUCAGAUCAUGUGUUUACUGUUGAUAGUGGUGUUAUACACAGAUAUCUAUUUAUUGUUUGCUAUAUAGCUCAUCGUCUAUCUUCCUUCUCUAUAACCUACAAUGAGUCUCCGUGGUUUGGGUUUAGUUUUUUUUUUUAAACUUUUGAAGUGCCGAGAGACCGUGCAUUCAGAUGGGUCACACUGCUCUGUGCACUCAAGAGUUAACCAUCACUCAUUCAGUGGAUACUAACAGAUUAUAUAUCUGUGUAGAUCUAUAUCAAUUGUUACAAAUACGGUUUAAAUCUCACCCAUGGCCUAGGAAAAAUAUAGGAUUUCACCUCACAAAUUUCUACUUUCUCCAUGCCAGCUAUGAUUCUAAUUAUACAAUUUGAAAUCUCUUUGCAUUAUUACUUUUGUGAAUAACUCUACAAGUAAAGGAACUCUAUAACCUGGAAAUAUUGCUGAAAUGGUGGCGUACAUCUUCACUUUCAGUCAGAUGGUCUCAUCUGACUGGCACAGCAUGACAUUUUACCAUGCAUGCUCACUAGCCUCCUAAUGCUUUCUUAGGGCAUUUAACCCUGACAGCAGAGGCCUGGUCACCUUAAUGGUGAAUAGGGCACAAUCGCAUUAGGAAUUCACAUUUGUGAAAUUCACAUUUCCUUUAAAAGAACAGUCAACACCUAAGGUACAUAAGGUUACUGGACUGUUUGUAGUGUUCCUCUUUCUUCAAAAGUGCAUAUUUCAAUGGAAAUUUGCACUUUUUUUUUCUAUAUUUUAACCUUGUCCUGGUACUUCCUGGUUAUUUAGCUCACUGGAACUAAACUCAAGAAGAGGGAAUUGCUCAGAGCACCUGCUUUGCAAAGGCUCAUUUGGAAGACUGUGAUUGGACAGCACCAGACAAUCUUGGCUGGGUUAGAAGGGUAGGGCUUGCAAAGGUAGGAGAUUAAAUCUGCGGGUCUUGUAGAUACCCCCAAUUGAUGUGUAAUGAGUUAAAUUAUGCAUUUUCACAUUCUAAUCUGGCUAUUUUGGUCUGCACUUUGCCAUUCACACGACAAUUCUCCACAAUUCCCUGGUUAGGGCAGAAACCCCUUACGACUGAAAGAUGUGAUGAUGCUAUUAUUUGUUGACAACAUAACAGGGAUAUCCAGAAUAUUUUGGCAUAUUAGAGGUCUGAUCACUGAGUAAGAAUGCAUACCAUUUGAGUAUCUCUUCUGGCAAUUUAACGUGUGGACUAUUUACAGGCCAAGUUGUUAUUUUUAUGAUGAAAUAAACCAUCAUUGUGCCUUAAAGCAGAUCUGUUAAUCCCCCCCUCCCGCCCCCCAUAGGUAUGUCCCACCAAAUCCCCCCCACUGCUGCUAGUUUUUCUCUUUCUCUUUGAAAAUAUGCAUUGUUAAAAAAAAACUAACAAAAACCACAAAGAUUUGCAGAGGGAUGAAGGAUGGAGCUUUAGUCGAGCUCCACAGCCUUUGUCAUGGUCUAGUCAAUUUGUGUUCACCUUCUUCCAGCUUCACGUCUCUUCCGGGAGCGGUGUGUCACGCAUCCUCUGUAUUGAUUCUGUUAUGAUUGAAAGAGCAAACACAGGUCAUUGGAAGCCUGCGGCAUCAGUGUCAUUUGACGCACAUGCCUUCGGAAGGGCAGAACAUGAGGUGCCCUGAAAGAAGACUUAGAGGGGCCUGAACAAUGUUGGAAAAGGUGAUUGUACUGGUCCUGGAGCCUGAAAAGGUUGUGGAGGCUAUGCGGGGGUGGAUUUAGGGAAAUAUCCUUGGACUAGGGGUCAGGCACUAAAUCUGUUCAAUUAUUAAGAUAAUACAUAUCUCCCACUAAGAUGAAGCCCCUGUUUAUUGCAGUGUUCUACUGAAAUCUUACACAAGCAUGCACCAGAUGGUAGUCUGACACGCUGCUCUUCUCUGUUCUGUUAAUUCUUAGGUUUGCAAAUGGAGGCUUAUCACAGAUUUCUACAGGAGGCAAAGAAGAUAAAAGGGGCUUGUUUAAAAUACAGAGAAAACUAAGAGCUUUAUGAAUAUUUGCCUGAGCAGGAUGCCAAAGUUGUUGUUUUUCUUUAAUAAGAGUUGCUUGGUUGACCAUGUUUUCUUAAAUUGUUUUAAGAUAAAGAAAAGGAAGAUAUUGCAGACUAGACCUUUUGUGUACUAACCCUUAUCCUGUCUAAUGCAGGAAGAUGCCAGAACGGGAGGAUGAUUUCCUGACACCAGCCACUCGGCUCCUGGAGAAAAGGCGAGAAAUGGUGGAAGUAGAGCAAGCUCUCAAUAGCCAAAAAGAGGUGAAAUUUCACACAUGUUCGUUUAUUUGAAUAUAUAUAUAAUUUUUUUUUUUUUUUUUUAACCGUACAGGGUUAUUCACUGUGGCAAACCUAGCCACAUGUGUGUUGCUGAACUAUAUGUACAAAAGGUUGUCUGCAAUAACCGCUGGAUUAUAUAUUGUAAUAUUGGUCUGUACUGCUAUGUGUAUAGAAUUCGUAUGCUAGCAGCCGAAAGCCGCUAGCAUUCAUGUAUUUCGUUUCACGAACAGAGACUUUACCGGCUAUUCGUGAAACGAAUGAGCUACCCCCCAGUAGUCCACACAUAGAGGGACGUGUGGCACUCAUUAACCGAUUGCAACAUUGUUGCAAUCGGUAGUUAAAGGCUUUCCUAGGUGGCCGUCGUUCGGCUACUGACCACGCGGCGGUCGGCCAUCUUGGAUCCUUUGUUUCACCAGCGGUGUUUGGUCGUCGAGCGCGUGGAGCCGAAAUUGGCUACUCGGCGGCGCGAAAACCGCUGGACUUCCAGGCCGUUCGGGAGCUCCGGUCUUUCAAUAUUGUGGUUCCCCAUCGGUGUUCGGUACUUUUAGGCGAACACAAUUUUAAAGUGUAUUUCGUGCGGCGUUCGGUUGUUUAAGCUGGGAUCUGAGCGGUAUUCUCACGAAAUGUGCACUCAGACCCCAGCUAUCUACCUAACGUCCAUUCGGCUAAAUAACCUGAAUAUUGGAAAAGUUAUAGAUUUUCAUGUAAAAUGUCGGUUCUGCUGCACGGAGGGAUAAUCCACUUAACGGUAUAUUCCAGUGGGAGUAUCCCUCUCGUCCAGCAGUGCCUGAUGGGAGAAAUGUCCAGAUUGUUAAAUCCCCCAUGUAGUCCCCUACUGUAUUACCCCUGCAAUGUCAGUAGGGAAACCCCUUGCAUGGGGACUUGCAUAAAUACUGUGACCUCUGAAUAAAAACCUGAGUUGACUCCCAGAACUGUGUUUUGUCCGGUUACUGGGAGAUUUGGGAUAUUGCCUUACUUUUCAGCAUUUGACUUUGGAUUACUUUCUGUACCAGCGGAGAUCGUGGAAUUUAAUAUUGCAGCUCCGCUACAUUCACUAUCCUUCAAAUUGCAGUGAAUAGCAAAAUUGAGGCCAAAAUAUAAGAUCUAAAAAAUUUUUUUUUUUUUUUUUAAAUCUCUGUUGAAGUUCCUAAAACUCAACCUCUCCAAGACAAACUUACUCCUUGUCAUUUCAGCCACUAAAGUUGCAUCUGAGGCCGGGUUAUUUUGUGUGAUCCUGACUCUGACUUUUCCUUCACCACUUACAUAAAAUCUAUUGCCAAAUCCUGUCUCUUUCCCCUUAAAAACAUUUUUUGCAUUUGCCCCCCCCUUUCACUCAGUAUGUAACUAAGAUGCUUGUCCAUCUUUUUGUUGUUUCCUGCCUUCAAGGGACACUGUAGUCUCCAGAAAUACUACAGCCUAAUGUCUAGAUGUCAGUCUAUAGCCUGAAAACUGCCCAGAUUGCUCUUCUACAGUCCAUAAUGAACACCUCUGCCAGACUCCUCUACCUUAUGUCCAGCAACUCUCACACCUCACUUCUCUGUCAGUCUCUACUCUUGUUCCUGGUUUCAUUUAGGAUUUCGUUCACAAUUCUCGACCUGUUCCUAUACCAUACUGCAACCUAGAUUCUCGACUGCAGGACCCCUGCAGUGUUGUGCCCUCCUUACGGAAUGCCCUCCACUGGUACAUUUGACUCUGCCAGUCUCUGCAGUCCAAAAAAAUUCCUCAAACGCAUUUCUUUAGAGAAGCCUAUCAGCUCAAACCUUCUUCUCAUCCCUUAAUACCAUUUCUAUGCUCCCUCUACCCAAACACCACCACACCAAUACUUCAGAAUGAUUCCCUCACCUUUCUUGUAUUUGUCCCUCAUUCAUUUAAAUUGUGAGCUCGUUUAUGAAGGGCCCUCAUUGCCUACUGUUCCCAUAUGUCAAACAUGUUUUGUGAGAAUUAAAUGUUUGUAUUGUUUACCUGUUGUACUGCAGAAUAUGUUGACGAUAUAGAAGUAAUUAUAAUUAUAUUUGCAGUUUGGCUAGAUUUAACUUACAUUGUGCAUUCUGAAUUGUCUUUUUAUUGCAAUUUGAACUUUCAUGAAUAACCAAGAGUCUUAUUAAUGGUUUUUAAUUCAACCCACCCAAAAUAAAUGCUUUUAUUAUUGUUGCUGUAUGGUGCCUGUUUAAUAUUAAGUGAAAAUUGUUUUUGGUGCAAGAAGUGUGUUGUAAACUAAGAUAUCUCUAUUAAAGGAGUUCCAGAUGAAGACAGAGAGUCUACAGCAGCGUAGCACUGAGUUGGAGCACAAAGAAGAGAAGCUCAAAGAUUCGUUGUUCAAAUUUGAUAAGUUCCUAAAGGUAUAAUAUGCAGCAGAAUAUCGGGGUUAUUCACUGUAAUCUGAAUGAAGCAAAAACCAUCCACUUCUAUACAGUCAUUUUGCAAAGUCAGCCAGCCUCCUGCCCACAGUCUAUGGGGUUGGUACCAAGAGCCUCUAAAAGGGGCUAUUGUCCCUGUGGAGAGGGGUAUGGGGAUGCUUACUGUGCUUUCCAGCAGGAACUGAGGACCUCUGGGGAUCAUUUGGAUUUGUUUUACACAUCAAGCACCUGACUGGAGAUACCUUGAAAAACUCUGUGAUUGUGCCACAGUCCAGUCAAUCUUUAAGUGGGUAUUGCUUAGUCCGCCAACUUCGACCUCCCAGAGGUCCGGUAGCACCUUAUUGGUGACCGGGACAAAUCCAUCCCAGGAUUGGAACUCCUCACCAUAUCCGAGAACUCGCUUUUAAUUAAUUUUUUGUGUAUUAUACCACUCUUUAACUCGCUUUUAAUUAAUUUUUUUGUACCAAUAAAGUUUUUUCCAUUUUUUGGAAAUCACAUUCAGUGAACUUAUUGGGUAAAGAAGAAAACUUCUACAGCACCAUUAAGGGAGUGGGGUCCCUUCUAACUUCCCCACCUGCACCUGUGGUGAGCCUUAUUUAUAGGCUCCAUAUUUGUGAGUACCAUAUCCUAGAGUUACUCAUCUGUUUACUGUAUUUUACUGAAUUGCACUAGGCUUGGGCCUUGUCUUUUUGUCUUUUGCAGUGAUACCAUAUGUGAAUACCAACUACACUCCACCUUUUUUUUCUAUGUACGUAUAUCUGAGAAUAGCCCCAACAUAAUAAAACUUUAACAUGCUGUAACUUGGGUAUGGAUUCUUCGAUCAGUGGGAUAUUUAGACAACAAUGGCAUUUCGUGACAAGCUUUCCAGUGAUCUAUAUUGUGUGGUGCUACGGUCCACUAAGAGAUGGUUCUGGCAGACAUUUUGUGUGGUGUGCCUCUAGGACUGUGAGGGCAAAGCAGGCAUCUAAUUGUGUUAGCUGGGAAUAAUAUAAUCAAGUCCCCAGACAGUGUCAACAAUGCUAUGUAGUAAUAGCUGUGUUCUGUACAAUAAAGGCCAUUCUACCCCUACAUUUAGACUCUGUCUAAUGUGUGGGGGAAAAGCUAUACAACGUGUACAGGAGAAAAGGUCUUCUUAAGUAUAAUCACUGCAGCCUGGAAGAGGUUAUCAGAGACUCCAGUCAAACACUUCGACUGGGUCUAAAGUGCUCACCUGGUGGAGGUACUCAGUCGGAGUACAGGAGCUCCAUCAAAAGCUUGAAAUGUGUCAAGAUUUCAGAUUGUUCUAAUGCUUUCAAACAGCUGAAAUCCAGGUCUGGUUGCUUAAAUAUGCCACAGCCAGUGGGCAAAUAGUUUAAAAAGAAAAGAGCCCUCACACCGCAGAGGCUUUUUAAGUAUGUGGCAGCUGGCUGUCAGUGGCUACAUUAAAGUUUAUUUUAUUUUUUAUUUUAUUUUAGAUAGGAGGGCCUGACAUUGGUCUUCCCCAUGCCGCCACUCUUGGGCACUGAGUGGAGGCUAAGCUUAAACAAUGGUGGGUGGACUCGAAUUGCCAACCCUGUUCCCACUGGCAUUUAGGCUAAAAAUGGGUGUCAUACCUUCAUUUUCCUUUCUGCCACUGGCUUUGCUAUUAUUAUAUACCCUUACUGACCACACAAUCAACCAUUUAAUUCCAUAAUAGUUGGUGUUUUCUCACAAAGGACUUGUUUUACACUGACGUUUGAGUUAAUUGUGUCUGCUUUGGUAAGGACAUGUAUAUCCUGAGAUUUAUUGUUUUACUGUUGCCCCAAAUUAUACAACACGUAUUGAUUGAAAUUCUGAAGACUGACUUUGCUUUACUUAUGUUGUGUCUGUUCUCCUGCUGUAAUGUAGGAGAAUGAUUCAAAGCGAAAGCGUGCAAUGCGCAAGGCAGCUGAGGAACGGCAACUGGCAAUACAAAAAGAGAGAGAAUUCCUGCGACUGCAGACUGAGAAUGCGCAGCUGAAAUGCAGAAAGGAUGCUUUACUGCACCGUCAGGAAAAGAACAACAUUUACCAACGCUACUUGCAAAGAGUACUGGAGGGGACUGAUGAGGUAUGGAAGUUUAGAACCUAGCUGGGAGAGAGCAGGUGUUGGGCGCUAUAGCGCCCUCCAAUUAUUUCCCUUUGACUUUUACCCUUCAGCUGAUACACAUAUAGUAAGAGCAGCUCAGUAUAGUAGCAGCAUGCUCAGUCAGAAUCAAGAGACCAGAGAAAAAAUAGUCCAAGGUCAGGUUACAGAAAUAUAUAGUCCGAUAUAGAGGAUGACAAGAAGAAUAAAACAGAAACAAGGCAAUGCAAUACAAAGAAGCUCAGACCAAGGGAUCAGCAAGUUUAAAGGGACCCAUGGGAAAUGCAGACACACACAAAUGCACAGCAUUGGAAACUCAUGAUACUAUAUCGUCUUUGUUGGUUUAAUGCAUGUUCUAAUUUUGGUUCGGAAAAUGUGAGCGAUCAGAAAUGUCUGGUUUUGUCUUAAACACCAUGAAGCCGUAGGAAUAAAAUAAAAAAAAUCACCAUCUAUGAAAGUCUGUUACUAUCUGACUGAUAUGUGAUUUAGGUGUUCUUUAGAUUAUGUGCUACUAUGACAUAAGAUUGUAUCCUUUGUCUCCAGUUCCAAGAAGUGCAGGAAAUGAUAGACCGGUUCAACACACUGAUGGUGACCCAAGAAAAGCUCUUGCAACGAGAGGUGAAGAACCAGGAGAAGAUUGAGAAGGAGAAAGCUCAGCUGCUACACUACCAGGAGGAGACCCGCAGCCAGAUCCUGGAGCAGAAUAAUCAGCUGGCAGAUUUGCAGGGAAGUCUGGAGAAAGCAAGAGCGGAGGUUCUUCAGUGGGUAUGAUUGAUUCCUUAUACAUUCUAUUUAACACGAGGCUAGAAAUGACUCGUCUGUAUGUGUAGCUUUUUACAAUGUUUUGUUUCCCUGACAGUACAUGCCCGUCACAAACAUAGAGCAAUGAAUAAGAGGACAAUGCAUACACUUAACUUAUUGCAUGUUUAAAGACACAUAACAAAUACAGAAGUGAGAGUUGCUAGCACAGAGAAAGGAAUGACAAAAGUGUUAAGCAAAAAUCUAAAUAAGCAUAAUCACAGCCGGUUGAAAAACAGAAGAUGAUGCUUGUUGCACCAGCCAAGGCAAAUUACCAUUUUAGAUGACACUCAUUAUACUUGCAAAGAUAGUCUGCAAAUAAUCAUUGGCAGGAAGCAUUAUUGUUGUGCACAUAAGAAGAUUGAAAUAAUGAAGAAUUGUCUGAAAUGAUAGACGACGAUAUGGUGCCUCCAUGUGCCAUUUAGAACAGAGAAAGCACAGCUAUAGGCAUAGGAGUCUCAUGAAAAGGAGCUAUGCCAUAGGUAAAUGCACUAUCCAUCCAAAGGGUUAACAUCUUUCUUACUGGCGGUGGCGGCCUAAAGAAAGCUGGUUCAAGAUCUUUUAUGGCCUGUCAAUUUUUCAGAAAAUGAAGGCUGGAAUGGCUCAAACCUCUCCUUAGCAGCCUAUGUAUUGGUUCGAAUUGCAUCUUGAUGCAGUAGCAGACUUAGGAGUUGAUCAUUUAGCCCAGAAAUUGAUACAUAACUCGUCCAACUUAUCUAGUUCAGAGGACUGGGUGUAGGAUAAGGACUAGGUACAAAAGGCAUGUUCCAUCUUUGUCAGCACCUGCAGUCUGCAUGUAAUCUGUCAGCACAAGUGGAUAGAAAAGAUUAAUAAGAUUUUGGUGGGAUAACCCCUUGCUGAGCCAGGGGUGAGAAGUGGGGACCUAAAGUGACUUUAUCUAGGUUUAGAGGUUGUCCAACUAAAAGAGAAGCAGCCUCUCCUGCCAAAAACUACAAGAUUCUGUAGUUUUCUGUAUACAAGGCUCUGUAUCUGCUCCAUCCCUGUAAAGCACCAGAAUAGGCAAGUAACGCUAGGUGUUGCUCAUUUUUGAAACUCAAAAGGUUAUGUGAUAGUAGGAAACAACAAGGCUGAACCAAGAAAAACUGCUAGGAGUUUUCAUACUAAAGUUCUGUAUAUCCAGUGCUUUACACUUUGCAGAGAAGUGGGCAAACAUAAGAACAAGCUUGCAUAUCAAAUCUGGUUCAAAUGACCAAUUAGAGAAGAACUUGUGAAAGUAGCAAACCCUAAACUCUGAUGCAUUUAUGUUUUGGGUUAUCAGGAGUCACGUUGGGCACAAAUACAGAACACUGCUGCGGAGAAUACACUGCGGCUGGGGCGCAUCAGAAUGGCAACACUGAAUCUUUUCCAUAUCAUCACCAAACACAUGCACAUUAAAACUGAUAUUUCACUGGAGGAUACGGAGGAACAGCUUGAAAAAGUAAGUGGAUCAUAUUUAUUUAGAAAUUCCAAAAUCGAUGUUGACAGGCUGCUUAAAAGGACAUUCUAGACACCAAAACAACUUAAUCUAAAUGAAGUUGGUAUGAUGCUAGGAGACUCAGGAGGGGUUGGGUGGGGCAUGCUUACCUCAAGGGAUUUAACUGUUCGAGAACUGUUUAACCCUUAAGUUGCCUCCAGCACGGCAUCCGGCUUCUGAAAUUCCACUUUCAUAAGGCGUUGAGUGCUGCUGGGCAGGGGCGCCGCUGUUUUAUUUAACAAAAAUAAAACCAAAAUGAAGAAGCCAUGUGUGAAAAAUUAAGUACACUCUUACUGCUUCCAUAAGAAUUAUGAGGCUAUGUAGCAGACAAGUGCUGCUUAUCAUAUGCUUGAUUGAUCAUCUAGAGCAUCGGUGUAUGUUAAAAUAAUGCCAAGGAGGAAAGACAUCAGCAUUGAUGUUAGAGAAGCAAUUGUUGCUGCCUAUUAAACUGGUAAUGGUUAUAAGGCAAUUUCAAACAACUUAAAGUCCAUCAGUCUACAGUGAGAAAGAUUAUUCAAAAGUGGAGAAAAUUCAAGACAGCUGCAAAUCAUCCAGGAGUGGACAUCCCACCAAAUUCACCCCAAGGUCAAACCAUGCAAUUCUCAGAAAAAUUGCAAAAAAUCCAAGAGUUACAUCUAAGUGUCAUCUUAACAACAUUAUGGGCCCCUGGGCAAAGCAGUGCACUGGAGCCCUGCCUACACAACAACUCACAGGAAUAAAAACGUAAAUUAUAGAUACAACUAAGCUUAUAUUUAUUAGUACCUCCAACAAAUGCAAUACAUACAUACAUACAAUUCAUACACAGAGACUGCUGAAUACAUUCACACACCGAUUGCUGGAUACACACACUUAGACAGACUGCUGAGCACACAUAGAGAGUGCUGAAUACAAACACGCGUGCGCACGCACACACACACACACACUGCUAAAUACACACAAAGACUGCUAAAUGCACACACACACACUGCUAAUUACACAUAAAGAGACUGCUGAAUACAUGCAGACUGCUAAAUGCACACAGACUGCGGCAACACUUCACACAGCCUUCUGGUUGGAGGAGCGAUCUGCCUUACGGCUUGGCCUCUCCUGAAGCCCUGGGUCCUAACUCCUUCUCUCCUCAAUCGAAGGGUGCCUGGGCUGGCGAGAGAGAUUUCUGAUCUCCUCACCGGCCCGAGGGGACACAUGGCCAGAAAACAAGGCCGCCUCUCCACUGGCCGGCAGGGGCGAUCAAAGGAUCUCCCCUGUCGGCUGGGCAGUGCGGCGGGUCCUCUAUGCCUAUGUAGCCCCCGGGAAACUGCCCAGCGUACCCAUGGAAAAAGACGGCCCUGUUCUAAGACUCUACAAGCCUAAGUUAGCAUGUUAUAAUUCAUUUAUGUUAUAAUUCAUGACAGUACUAUUAGAAAAAGACUGUACAGGUAUGGUUUAUUUGGAAGGGUUGCCAAGAGAAAGACUCCUCUCUUUAAAAAAAAAAAAAAAAAAGGUUUAGGUCAUUUGGACAAAAUACCAGCAAACCUUAAUGAACUGAAGCAAUGUUGUAAAGAAAAGUGGCCCAUAAUUCCUCCACAAUGAUGUGAGAGACUGAUAAAAAAAUUACUUCAAGUUACUGCUGCUAAAGGUGGUUCUCCAAUCACAAGGUGUACUUAGUUUUUCACACAUGGCGUCUCCAUUUUGACUUUUUGACUUUUUUUUUUGAUUGUUCAUCUAUGUAUUUGCCUAAUUUUAAGACCUGCUAAGGAACAGAUGAUUAAUAUAACAAGAACAGUUUCUGCAACAUCAAUGAUCUACCUAUUGGGCACCUCUGAUCCAUAAUGACUGAUUUUUUUUUUUUUUUUUCAGUUGGCGCAGAAACUUUUUUUUUUUUUUAAAGCUCGGUUUCAAAGCAGCUACAUUUCUUAUGAUACAUACUAAGAGUUCACUGUAUAGAUAGCGUGUUCAAUACACAGUAUUAGAAAACUUUUAACAUGUCACUAUAAAACCAGGGGCAGGCAAACUUGAUUAAAUUGAUUUGCAAAAAACAGAAGAUACUACUGCUGCUGUAUAGACAAGAUGAGACUGCCAGGCAAAGAGCAGAGGACUCCUGUAUUUCUUUCAAGCCAAUUUAUAUUUAUAUUCUUGAUAUCUUCUAAUGUCAUAUUGUUGCUCCCACAGGUUAAGAUUUGCUUUAUGGAUCUUGAAGCCAUAUAUAAAGAUUUGAAAAAGACUGACCAAUUGUCUCCAUCCUCUGCAAUACCUACAACCAACUAAUGGACACUUGGAAAAACAUGUUUUUGGACUAUUUAAAUAGUGCGGAACUCUCCUCCCUUGUAAAGGGAAACCACUCCUAAGAAUUUGUGAUUUUUGUGUCCACAAGUCAGAACAUUUUUGUUUGUUUGUACAUUUGAGUUCUCAAUGUUGUCUAGAUAAUUUAGGGAUUCCUUUUAAUAUUAAUUUUAAAAAAAUCUAAAUAUUAUAUAUUUAAGUAUGCUCUUUGUAGGUAUUCCCUUAUCCCACAUCACCUGGUACCUGAAUUAAAUGAGAAAUUCAAUGCAGAAAGCUUUGAAUACAUCUUCAUAUUCCUAACACUAAAGUGUUCCUGUAACAUCC